UUCAUUUUAUUUCAGAAGGCAUCAAUACUGUGUUUAUAUUUCUAAUACAUUUUUCACUUUUAAUUCAUUUUCUACUUCAUUUUAAUUAUUCUAUUUCAGAUGAACUACAACAUUCAGAUUUUGUACCAAAAAAUAAUUUUGGAAAAACACCUAUCAAUGGAAAAAUAUGUUUUUUAAUAUUUUUAUGGUUUUUGUCAAAUACAGAACCAUUAAGAACAAUUGCAGAUCGUUUUGAUAUUUCCAUGUCAUCAGUUCAUCGAGUUUUACGCCGUGUACUAGCAUGGAUGUUAACUAAAUUAGAUGAUGUUGUAAAAUGGUCUGAAAACAAUGAUGGAGUUUUAACAAUAUGUAAUGGAUUUUAUUCUAAAAAGCAAAUUCCAAAUAUCUUAGGCGCAAUCGAUUCAACUCAUAUUCGUAUAGAAAAACCUGCAGAAAACGGAAAUGACUUUUUUAAUCGUAAAAAAUAUUGUUCUAUGAAUUUACAAGCUGUUGUGGACUCUCACACACGAUUCACAAACGUAUACUGCGGUGAACCAGGUUCCUUAGAUGAUGCUCGUGUAUUUAGAAGAUCAUCUUUAUACCAUUUAACAAUUGAAAAUGAAGAAAUGUUAUUUCCAAAUAAUACAUUUCUAAUUGGUGAUUCAGCGUAUCCAUCUUUACGAUGGCUUGUGCCACCAUUUCGAAUGGCUGUUGAAAAAUCAUUCGGAUUGUUAAAAGAUCGAUUUCGUAGAAUAAAAUUGUUCUCUGAAUAUAGAGAUUUAAGUUUCGUUACAGAUACAGUACUCGCAGCUUGUAUUUUACAUAAUUAUUGCGUCGAUGAAAAUGAUGAUAUUGAUGAUAAAGAUAUUGAAGACGGUUGGGCAGAUAAUAGUGAAUCUAAUAUUGAAGAAAACCCUUCUGGAAAUAUUGACAACCAGAACAAUCAAGGCCGUAGAGAAUCAUUAUUCAAAGAAUUGUAUUUGUAAACGUGAAUUAUCUUGGUGGAAUUGUAAAAAAUAUUUUAUAAUUUGUACAACAAACCGACCAAUAUUGGAGAUAGAAGAGAUCUGAAAGAAAUAGGAUACGAAGACCGCGAAUGUGGAAGGAUCGCGUUCAGGGACGGGAACA